CGGCAGGAAACAGGGUUUCCUCUUGGAUUGUUGUAAUGCGAACAACACCAUAUUUUUCUUUGCUCAAUGCAACCCUCGGCACAGAACACACUGAAUCUAGCCAGAAGGAAAAAUGCCUCCUUCGGAAAGAAUAGUUUUGCUUCUUGGAGUCUUGUUUUUGGGCACCCGCUGGACUAUCCAUCAGCGCUCCGCCAGUGCGCUGCAAAUCCAACAGGCGUUCACGUCUCCAAACCAGACCAAUAACUUUGUUGUGGAUGAAGUUUCCAGAAGAGUGUACCUGGCAACGGUUAACACAAUUUACCAGCUAAAUGGGACAUUACAUCUGGAAGUUGAGAAGACAACCGGUCCGGUGAAAGAUAACUCGCUGUGCCAUGCACCGCAGCUGCCCCAGGCGACAUGCGAGCACCCGAAGGCGUACACCGACAACUUCAACAAGCUCCUGCAGCUGGACAGGGCGCAGGGGGUGCUCGUAGCGUGCGGCUCCGUGUACCAGGGAUUCUGUGAGUUGAGAAAGAUGGAGAACGUUUCUGAAAUCGCCGUUGAGUUUCCUCCCCAGGGUGCCAAAACCGUUUUUCCCAGCAUGCUGAACAUCGCUGCCAAUCACCCCAACGCCUCAACGGUAGGGCUCAUUUUCAGAAGUCAUGGAGGGAAUACCCGACUUUUAGUAGGAGCAACCUAUACAGGUAUGGGAAGCCAGUUUUUCCCCAAAAAUCACAGUAAGGAAGACCUACGAUUUGAAAAUACCCCCGAGCUUGCUAUUCGCUCCCUAAACAUCAAGGAUUUGUCAAGGCUUUUCACUUAUGACAUCAACCCAUCAGAGGACAACGUCUUCAAAAUCAAGCAAGAAGUGAAGCCAAAAAACAAGCUAAAUUUCGUCCAUGCCUUUAUACAGAAGUCAUAUUCUUACAUUGCUAUUAACAAUGACGCCAAUAUGGGUCACAAGGAGAGUCAACCUAAUAGCAUACUGGCAAGGAUUUGUCUGGAUACUGAAAAUCCGCGAAAAUCGACCACAGAGAGCAGAAAACUUACUGAAUCGUAUAUCCAAAUGGGGCUGCAAUGUGGUUCCAAUGGGAAUAUUUACAACAGGCUCGUUUCAGUUUAUCCUGCGGAGAUAUUUACCGCAGACGGACAGGGACCAGAGCAUUACUUAUUCGGAGUCUUUGCGAAAUCUAACAAAAACUCUGCUUUGUGUGCCUAUAAAUUUUCCGAUAUCGAGGAAGUGAUUAGACAAGGGAGAAGGAACUGCUCAAAUUCGCCAAGCUCUGGAGAUGUACAAGUGCUGGACAGCGUUAUCCAAGGCUCGGGUGCCGUGUGCAUUCAGAAAGGGAACAUAGUGUUGCAGCCAGAGCAGCUGGACUGCGGGGCUGCCCACCUGCAGCACCCACUGGCCCUGCGUAAGCCUCUACGGGCGGCCCCGCUCUUUGAGGCUGUGGGGCUCAGUUCGGUGGCCGUGGACAGUGUACACCAUCACACCGUGGUAUUUCUGGGCACCACCAGUGGCCGACUGCGCAAGCUCAACCUUCUUAAGAACCUGACUCUGGCCAACUACAAAUCUCUGAAGCUGCGCUCUGGAGAGUCUGUCCACCACAUCAUGACGUUUGACCCCAAUGACAGAAACUACCUUUACCUUAUGACUUCAAAUCAUCUCCUGCGGGUGAAAGUGUCCAAGUGUGACCAAUAUACCAGCUGCAACGAGUGCCUGGGCGCCAGCGACGCCUACUGUGGAUGGUGCACUCUGGAGAGCAGGUGCUCCAUCCAGAGGGAGUGUUCCCCCCAGCAGCUGUCCCGUUCCUGGAUUGGGCUGGGGGAGGGGCUCCAUCAGUGCCCCUCAAUGACCAUCACCCCUCCUGAGAUCAGCAUCACUGUCGACAUGAAGAAUGUUGGUAUCCUGAUAAACGGGAGUGUUCCAGACCUGCACAGCUCCACAGUGGAGUGUGACUAUGGCCUGGGGGUGUCUACAACAGCCACAUUGCACCUUGACUCCGGGCCAUCCCAGAUCCAGACCUGCCCCCUCCUGCCCCGAGAGAGAUACCCCGGGAUUCCCGCUGGCAGGGACCACAUCACUGUUCCCAUGGCCAUUAAGGUGAAUGGCAUUCCUGUGGUCUCUGGGAACUUCAUUGUCUAUGACUGUGAGAAGACAGGUGUGAUACACCCCAAGACAGCGUGCAGGAGUUGUCUGAGCACAAGAUGGAGGUGUUACUGGAACCAGGAGAAGAACAUCUGUGUCUCCAGUAAAAAUGACUCCAAGGACCUCCUGCUGGAGAAUGCAUCAUCCUGUCCCAGCCUGGUGGCUUCCAAGGUUGCCCCGUCCCCCUCAGGAAGCCCCCAGGACAUCGCUGUCUCACUCGACAACACCGAGGAGGGUACAGCACUGGAGUGUGAUUUUGGCAACGAACAGCUGUACGAGGCAAGAUGGCGGGGACGUUCGGAAGUGGUGUGCAGCGGUGUGACACUGACCACCGCAGACAGGAGCCAGGUGUUCCAUCUGAACCUGCGACGCAAGGAUCACCCAGACAAAUACAUUGACAGCCCACUGCCAAUGACAGUGGAGGUGUAUAACUGUGGGACAGGCAGUUCAGACUGUUCACAGUGCUGGGGACGUCAGGACAAGGGACACCUUUGUGCCUGGUGUGACAACUCCUGCAGACUCCAGAAUCAGUGCCGCCCCCAUGGAAACCAGUGUCCAAACCCUGAAGUCCUCAAGAUCAGCCCACUGAGCGGGCCGUUGGAGGGGGGAACGCUGCUCACAAUCCAAGGAAGGAACCUGGGCCGCAGGGCCUCUAACGUGACCGUGGCCAUCGGGGGAGUUCCCUGCAGGCUGCUGGAGGACCAAUAUGUUGUCUCCGUGCGGGUGGUGUGUGUGACAGGGGAGUCUGAGUCCACAAGGUCAGCGGUGGUGAGCGUCACUGUGGACCAGAAUGCCAUGGGGCAGUCCCAAGACUACUUCUCCUACUUGAUCCCAAAGGUUUUCUCUAUGGAGCCCAAGAAUGGGUCUCGUGCAGGAGGCACCAGAGUGACCAUCAGAGGGGAACACCUGGCAGUGGGGUCUCGGGUUCGAGUGAGGGUUAACGGCACGCAGGACUGCAGGAUUAUCAAGCUGAACUCUGACACCAUUGAGUGCACGAUGCCAGCAGCUGUGCACCCCCGCUCUGAGCCCAUCCCCAUGUGCGUGGAGUUCGAGGACCUUCCAUGCCAGAGCCCAGACCUCAUCAGAUAUUACUCCUAUGAGAAGAAUCCCAGUAUCAGCGAUAUCCGGCCCAGCAAGAGCUACCUCAGUGGGGGCCGAAGUAUCACAGUGAUGGGACAGGGUUUUGACCUGGUGCAGAUCGUCACCAUGGAGGUCACAGAAAUCGGGGACAAGCCAGCUAAAAGUGACUGCGAUGUCCGGUCAACCACAAUCAUCACAUGUCCUUCCCCGCCAUCCCCCCAAUCCAAACGGGCCGUGGUGAAAUUCUACCUGAAUGAGGUUCUCUACAUGGGGGACAGUCCCAUCCUCCAUGGGGAACUGGAGGAGGAGGAGGACGAGCCUCAGGGGGGACAAUUUUAUUUGGACUACCUUGAGAACCCACAGUUUUUCACUGCCACCAAGGAGAAACUCAUCAAGCACCACCCAGGGGAGCCUCUCACCCUCAUCAUCAAUAAAGGUCCCAGUGAACUGGACCUGGCGCCAGAAGAAUACACCGUGAUGAUUGGCUCCAUCCCCUGUGACAUCAGCUUUAAUAACAACCAGCUAUUUCACUGUACUAUCAAUGGCUCCCUGAGCUCCAGCGAAAGAGAACUACCUGUCACUGUGCAGGUUGGGAACUUCCACAAGACCAUUGCCAUGGUGCAGCUAGGGGGCAGUGAGCUGGCCAUAGUGGUGUCCAUCGUGGUGUGCAGCGUACUGCUGCUGCUGUGCACUGUGGCCCUGGUGGUGUACUGUACAAAGAGCCGACGAGCCGAGCGCUACUGGCAGAAGACCCUGCUACAGAUGGAGGAGAUGGAGUCUCAGAUCAGAGAGGAGAUCCGAAAAGGCUUUGCCGAACUGCAGACUGACAUGACAGAUCUCACCAAGGAGUUAAACCGCAGUCAGGGCAUCCCGUUUCUGGAGUACAAACAAUUUGUCACACGGACCUUCUUCCCAAAGAUGUGCUCCGACUAUGAGAGGAGCCUGGUCCAGCCCAUCUACGAGAACGAUGCCCUCGGACCGAGAGCUCUGCCUGAGACACACCCUCUGCUGCAAGACUGGCAGCCUGCCAACACUUCUAGACCAAACAUGGAAGAAGGGAUUGCCCUGUUCUCCACGUUACUCAACAACAAGCAUUUCCUGAUCACGUUUGUCCAUGCACUGGAGCAGCAAAAGGACUUCGCUGUUCGAGACAGGUGCAGUCUGGCCUCUCUGCUCACUAUCGCACUGCAUGGCAAGCUGGAGUACUACACCAGCAUCAUGAAGGACCUGCUAGUCGAUCUCAUAGACGCGUCUGCCUCUAAAAACCCCAAACUGAUGCUGCGGCGCACUGAGUCGGUGGUGGAGAAAAUGCUGACCAACUGGAUGUCCAUCUGCAUGUACAGCUACCUCAAGGAGACGGUGGGCGAACCAUUUUUCCUGCUGCUCUGUGCCAUUAAACAGCAGAUCAACAAGGGCUCCAUAGAUGCCAUCACGGGCAAGGCACGUUACACUCUGAAUGAGGAGUGGCUGCUAAGGGAAAACAUCGAGGCCAAGCCCCAGAACAUCAAUGUGUCAUUCCAAGGCUGUGGGAUGGACUCCCUGAUGGUGCGUGUGAUGAACACAGACACCAUCUGCCAGGUCAAGGAGAAGAUCCUGGAGGCCUUCUACAAGAACCUGCCCUUCUCCCAGUGGCCACGUGCUGAGGAUGUGGACCUGGAGUGGUUCUCCUCCGGAGGCCACAGCCAGAUUCUUCUGGAUUUGGACAACUCGUCGGUCAUGGAGGACGGCAGGAAAAAGCUCAACACAGUAUUUCACUAUAAGAUUCCUGACGGUGCCUCCCUGGCCAUGAGCCUGAAGGACAAGCGUGAAAACACCCUGGGGAGAGCUAAAGAUUUGGACACGGAAAAAUAUGUUCAUUUGGUGCUUCCUCAUGAUGAGCUGACGGAGCCCAAGAAGUCCCACCGCCACAGCCACCGCAAGAAAGUCCUGCCAGAAAUCUACCUGACUCGACUGCUUUCCACCAAGGGAACGCUGCAGAAGUUUCUGGAUGACCUGUUCCAGGCUAUCCUCAGCAUCCCACCAGAGAAACCACCGUUGGCUGUCAAAUACUUCUUUGACUUCUUAGAGGAGCAGGCCGAAAAAAGGGGCAUCACGGACCCCGAUACCUUGCACAUCUGGAAGACUAAUAGCCUGCCUCUGCGUUUUUGGGUGAACAUUCUGAAGAAUCCUCAAUUUGUGUUUGACAUCGACAAGACUGAUCACAUGGAUGCAUGUUUGUCGGUUAUUGCUCAGGCCUUCAUUGAUGCCUGCUCCAUCUCAGACCUCCAGCUGGGCAAGGAUUCCCCCACCAACAAGCUGCUGUAUGCAAAGGAGAUCCCAGAAUACAAAAAGAGGGUGCAGUGCUAUUACCGCCAGAUCCAGGAGAUGGCACCACUGAGUGAGCAGGAGAUGAAUGCACACCUGGCAGAGGAGUCCAGGAAAUACAGAAACGAAUUCAACACAAACUUAGCCCUGUCUGAAAUCUACCAGUAUGCCAAGAGAUACCGCAAUCAAGUGGUGAGCGCGUUGGAUGCCAACCCCACUGCCCGGCGCACACAGCUGCAGCACAAGUUUGAACAGGUUAUUGCCCUGGUGGAGGACAAUAUCUACGAGUGCAGUAGUGAAGCCUGAGCCCCUACCUGGCCCCCACCGUGCCCCACCCACUAUACCACCCCCCCUACUUAUCCUCUGAGCCAAUGACCCCGAUACCCCCGCGCCCCCAUCCUGUAUCCCAGCAUUCCCUCUGUACUUUGUGCAUAUGAUGGGGCACGCAGAGACCUUAAUCCCGUCCAGGACUGGAAUGCAUGGGCGCGCAGAGCUGAUGAGAGACUGGAACUGCAGGAGAAACCAAACCAAAAACAAGCAGCGGCCCGUCAUGCGUUGUGGACAACUACUUUCAAACGGGCGCGCUUCGCUCCUGUCCCGUGUGCAUGAGCAUGACUGGGGCACAAUCAGGGUCCUGUUUUUACGCUAUGAAUGCAACAUGAAAAAGGGUGUUUUUCACAGUUUCGGUCACCUUUUUUUUUGGCUCCUGAUUGGAUCUCAUCAAGGAGGUCCUUUUGACCUCCUGUUGUGGUCAGACCACAAAAAACAGCCCAAGUUUUAAAUCACUUUUUUUUUUUCCAAGGCCACCAAGAAUAGCCAGGAGGCCAGUUCUCACUGAACGUCCUACCUGGAGGGAGUAUCUUCAUUCCAAUCUCACGCACUGACCCUAUCAAAGACGAAGACGAGCCAAGAAUGCACUGUACUGUAAAAUAUGUGUUCAUAGCAAUAUUUAUAGAUCUGUUCUAUGUUUGUUAUUGUCUGUCCAUAACAUGAAUAUGAAUAUAUGAAUAUAAGUGAACCUGAGUGAGAUUCCCUCACUGCCCCCAGACUACUGCUGGUCUGAGUUAUGGAGAAUGUAGGGACAAUCCUCCUCUGGAGCUUUUGGCCAAAAUCUCAUCCUUUGUUUUGGUAAAUUAGUAUAAGAAAUGCGCAAACUGCAGACAAAAAGGAGGCAGGUGCUGUUUAAGACUGAACCAGGCAGGUCAGGACACUGAACUACUGAGAGCAUGGAAAUGUAAGCAAAAUGCCAGGUGUUGAGUACCAUGGUAUGUUUCAUUACAGGACUUGCAUUGUCUGUUUUCUUCUCUUGCCUGGAGAGUGAAAGUAUU